AAACAUACACAGCACCAGCAUGAACCCCAGUCAGCCCCUGCCCCCCCGGGGCUGUGCCCUGUCACUGCUCUUUGGGACAGGGGGCUGCCACACAUGUUCCCUGGCAUCCCUUCCCAGGGGUGGUGACCACCCCUGGCAUCUGCUGCUGCCUGAGGGGACCUCCUUAUGGUCACUUCCCGCUCACCUUUAGGCAUCCCCUGUUUUCCCCUGCUCUGUGUUCCUAGUGAGGAAUCUUCUAGUCCAAGUUGCUUUUUAAAACCUGAUCUUGUCACUGCAUUGUGGUGGCUCCUGGGGUCUUGCUCCUAAAAAUUCAGUCUUCUGAAAACCCCUGGAGAUACCUGCUGGUGUGCGUGCAGGGGAAGGGCACGCUAACCCUGUGUGGCUGACGCUCCUCUCACACUCACUGAAAACCCCAUUUUCUUCUCUUUCCCCCCCUUGUUUUCUGCCCAGCACUUAACUGGAAUCUGCUGAUUCCUGCCUGCCCUGGCUGGCUCCCCACAGAGCCCCAGUAAAGCUGAGUAACACCCCAGGCUUGCUCCUGGGCUGGUGGUUCCUUCCUGCGCCCAGAAUAGCCAAGGAUGCUUCGUUAAGGUCAGCGUGAAGGAAAAGUGCUUGUGUCUCACAGUCUUGCCAGCUUUCAUCCUCCUCUGCACCCAGGAGAGCAACUUCCCUGCAGCUCCAGCUUUCUUCUGUGUGUGUUCUUGGUGUCUGGUGGGAUGUGGUUGGAACUCGAGCUGAACAGCAGUUGGCAGAAACGGCGGCAGAGGUCCUGGUUGUGGAGGUGGCUCCUUUCUGUGACACUUAGCCCUUGUGGGGAGAUCUGGCAUAACCAGGAGUUUCUUACUCCAAAGUGCAUUGGAAAUCUUCUCUCUGACUUGGCUUAGUUCUAGGAGCGAGCUCCAUUCUGCAGGAGAGCAGCAGGCAAGGUGUCCACUUCUUGUGACUGAAACCAUGAGCCUGGAGCUGGGUACCUUCGUCACACACUGUGUGGUCACCUUUGGGCAUUAAUCUGACACCAUCAGUUUGUACCAGCACAAAAAACGUUGCUGCAUUCACGUCUGGGGAUCAUGUGCUGCCUCUGCUGGAGAGCAGAUCUGGUUACCUUCAAUGGACAGCCCGUAAAUAAUCAACUUUUGGGAAGUGGGAUACUCAUGAAGGGGCUGGAGCAAGACCACAGCCAGUUCUCCCAGGAAUGUCUCUGGUUGUCUUUAAGCUGUACACAGCAACAGUGUUUGUGAAGGAGUUCUGGGAAGCGGGAGCCUCCAGCACAGCGGGCGCGGCGCUGCCCGUGUCUGCAGGCUUAAACCCUCUGUCCUUGGAUCCUGCCAGCAGCAGCAAAUCCCUGCAGCUCAGCAGCAGUGCUGGCCCGCGGGGGCCGGGCAGCCCUGGCGAGGAUGGGAGGGAGCUGGGCAAGAAGAGGAGGAGAGCAAACCUCCCUGCAGAUUUUGAUCCUGCUCUUGGGAUGAUGACUGGAAUCCCUCCCAUCAACCCCAUGAUGCCAGGCUUGGGAAUAGUCCCACCUCCCACCCCUCCGGACAUGCCUGCUGUGAAGGAGAUCAUUCACUGCAAGAGCUGCACCCUCUUCCCACCCAACCCACAUCUUCCCCCUCCAGCAACAAGAGAGAGGCCCCCAGGGUGCAAGACAGUGUUUGUUGGAGGGCUGCCAGAGAACGGGACAGAGCAGAUCAUCAUGGAGGUGUUUGAGCAGUGUGGGGAGGUCAUUGCUAUUCGCAAGAGCAAGAAGAACUUCUGCCACAUCCGCUUUGCUGAGGAGUUCAUGGUGGACAAGGCCCUUUAUCUCUCUGGCUACCGCAUCAGGCUGGGCUCCAGCACGGACAAGAAGGACACGGGACGCCUGCACGUGGACUUUGCCCAGGCCCGGGAUGACCUGUACGAGUGGGAGUGCAAGCAGCGGAUGCUGGCGCGGGAGGAGCGGCACCGGCGGCGCCUGGAGGAGGAGCGGUUCCGCCCGCCCUCCCCGCCGCCCGUCGUGCACUACUCUGACCACGAGGGCAGCGUGGUCGCUGAGAAGCUGAAAGAUGAAACAAAGUUCUUGGAGGCCAUACAGACCUUGCUGACAUGGAUUGAGCGUGGAGAGGUGAACAGGAGGACUGCCAACAACUUCUACUCCAUGAUCCAGUCGGCCAACAGCCACGUUCGCAGGCUGGUGAACGAGAAGGCAGCUCAUGAGAAAGAGAUGGAAGAAGCUAAAGACAAGUUCAAACUUGCUCUCUCAGGGAUUCUGGUUCAGUUCGAGCAGAUAGUGGCCGUGUACCAUUCUGCCUCCAAACAAAAGGCUUGGGACCAUUUCACGAAAGCUCAGCGUAAGAACAUCAGCGUGUGGUGCAAACAAGCAGAGGAAAUCCGUAACAUCCAUAACGACGAGCUGAUGGGGAUCCGGAGAGAGGAGGAGAUGGAGAUGUCUGAUGAGGAAAUAGAAGACCCAUCAGAGAUGAAAGAAACUGAAGAAUCAGCCCUGGUGUCCCAGGUGGAGGCGCUGAAGGAGGAGAACGACAGCCUGCGCUGGCAGCUGGACGCCUACCGCAAUGAGGUGGAGCUGCUGAAGCAGGAGCAGGGCAAGGCCAGCAGGGACGAGGACACCACCAAGGGGCAGCAGAUGAAGCUUCUCCAGCAGGCUCUGCAGGGGAUGCAGAAGCACCUUUUGAAAGUACAAGAUGAAUACAAAAAGAGAGAAGCUGAGCUAGAAAAAGUGAAAGAAGACAAAUUAAAAUUGGAAACAUUAUUAGAAAACCUGAAGGAGCAGCAAAGUAUGGCAGAUGAAGAGGACAAGGAGAGAGAUGCAAGUGAUUGUCAAGGGAAUGAGAGCAGUGCAGCCAGAGCUUGUGCCUGCAGCCAGGAGAAGGAGUGUCCAGCUGAGAAGGUGCUGAGCAGCAGUCCUGUGAGGUCUGAGCGAGAAGUCCUGCUGGUUGGAAUAAUUUCAACCUUCCUGCACGUGCACCCCUUUGGAGCCAGCAUCGAGUACAUCUGCUCCUACCUGCAGCGCCUGGACAGCAAAAUUUGCACCGCGGAGGUGGAAGUUCUCAUGACUCGACUCCAGAACACGUUCAGGCAGGAGCUGAGUGGGGUUGGGGCCAGCCUGGAGAAAAGGUGGAAGUUUUGUGGCUUUGAUGGAUUGAAAAUGACUUGAGCUGGGACUUGGUGCUGGAAACAGCAGCGGGAUGUGUAUGCCAGGAAGACCUGGGUUGCCUCUUACCUCUGCUCCUGCUGGUCACCUUGCACGUGUCACGGACUCGGGUGGGAUGGUGCAUGAGUGAAACUAGGUCCAGAGCAGCACUGGGAGAAAUGUCAAGUUCUGUAGGUAUUUUGAUCAAUUAUUUGUAAACAGUCAAGUGCUGUUCAAUAUAUUUUGGGAAAAAAAAUCCAUGUCUGAUAUUUUUAAGCACAGCGUGUUGAUGAUGUUUUGCCAACGUGGUGUUUGGUGUGCCCAAAGCUCAUCCUGACCCUUCCUUUCACUGGUAGGAGCAGCCAUAGACUGUCUGCUGAAACAACAACAGAGAGGCAUUUUUUUAGACAUUUCUAUGACUAAAAAUUGAGGUAUGUUCAAACAGAAGAAGAUUUAGAUGGCUCAGAGUUCUCCGAGCCAAACAGUUGGUUCUUUUUCAUGCUGUUUUCUCUACUAAUGGUUUAACUGGUGAGCUAAAAUGGAGGCAGUGUCCCUAGGAGUGUGUUCCUGGCAGUGCCCCCUGGGGUCUGAGCAUUGCAGAGUCAGCCUGUAAAUAUAUUUUCACACGGGCAGGGUGUUUAAUGUCCUGCUGACCUGAGUGGGGUAGAGCAUGUGCACCAGACUCUGCUUCAGUAGUGGCUUACCACCAGAUUUUCCACCCACUUUGUUUUGGAGACCAAGCUUCUGGAAGUGCUACAGGCAGCACAGACUUUUCUCCUCCUAAAUUUUCCCAAAGGCUGUUCCUUCUGUUCCCAGUAAAUUCCAGGCUCCUCCCCAACCCUCUGCAGAAGGUCUGUAAGAUGUAAAAUGCCCCAGCCUGUUGAUCCAGCCUGUCUGGAUCCCUCUGGAGAACCUCCACCCCACCAGGUGAUUGCAACACUAUCCCAGUUCUCCUACUGCCCAGCAGCUGCCCCUGCUGCCUGCCUUGGGGGAGAUGCUCCUCAGCUGGGCUGUUGAUCCCAACACCUUUCCUGAGGGAGAAGCCCCAGUUCCUACAUGACUGUUCUCAGGCGCUUCCGUGGUUUCUAACACCUCAACAACCCUUGUGUCUCUGCUGCUGUUGGAUCUCCACCCCCUGCCCCCACAGCUGGCUGGGGUGCUAUGCCCGUUGGUACAGGGACAUUCCAGAUGUGCUCCAGUGUACUCAGCACAUGGUGGAGCAGACAGAAGGACCUCAUUGGCACAUUAUCCCUCCAACAUUGCCCAAAAUCCUGCUGGUGACACCAGGCUUGGAGCCAGGUAUUGAUCUUCUGGCUCUUCCUGCUUAUCCCUUCAUCAUUCCUGCAAGUCGAGGGGUAGAAGAGAACACCACCUGUGCUCCUGAUCCCUUUCCUUGUCAACCCAAGUCCCUGAAGUCUCUCUUCAUUGCCCUUGGACUCCUCACUGCAUCUUCAUUGCUGCCAGUCUGAAGGAUCAGUAAUGGAUGAGAACAUGGAGCUGUGGGAGCUGGUGUGGCUGGAGAGCCCCUCUGAGGAGGGGCAGAGGCCUGGGCAGUUUGGUGGUGAACCAGGAGGUUGUCCUGUGGGGCAGGGCAGGGAGUGGAGAUGGGACCCACCAGCAAUGGCUCUGGGCUGUGAAAGCAAGUCUGGGCCAGGUGAGUCCUGGGUCCUGCUUCUUCUCAUCUCCAGGCUUUCUUUUCCAAGGCCCAGAGGGACUGAGGUAUUGCUGAGACUUUGUGUGCUCUUUGCCACCAGGAGAAAUCCCUUCUGCAGAUGGGCUCCCUGGACACUGGGGAUGCAGGUGGGAUGCUGCUGCAGGUACCAGAGCAGCUCUGCCUCUGGCAGUGGGUGCCUCUUGGAGCUGGGCCCCCUGCCCAGGCUGUGGGAGGUGGGAAUGGGUGAGAGGAACCUCUCCGUGGGCUCCAGGCUGCCUGCUCCCCUGGCCCCUGAUGCUGAAGGUUGGCUACACGGGAAGCAGCAGCAGAAGGUUCUAAAGAAGCAUUGUGUCACUGCAGGUGAACAUUGUAUUUGUAAGGAAUAAACACUUUUUAAUGCACAAA